AUGAGGAAGCAACAAUCCGAAGCCCUCGGUGGCCUCGACGACAAAGAGGUCGUCUGCAACUACUUCAACAACACCGGUUUCCAGCACUGGCGCAAGUUCUACGGCGAAUCCACUGAUGGCGUCAAUAAGGUCCAGCUUGACAUCCGCCUCGGCCACUCCAAAACCGUCGAUAAAACCCUAGAGAUGCUCAAGGAUGUCGGGCCCCUUGUUGGCGACUUCAGAUUUGAAGACUUUGACUGGAUAAAGGCAUAUCGACUAAUAAUGGGAAAUGCUCGUGAUAGAUUAGCACCUAAAUUUGCAGCGAAAAAUGUAGGUCUCUGGUCAAUGGAUCCCAAUAAAAUUGAAGAACCUAAAGGGAAUUAUGCAAAUGAAUUUAUUGAGAGAGUGAGAGCUCGGUUGAGCUUGGUUGAAAAGAAACCAGCGAUACUAUCCCCCUCGCCCUCGAGAUUCGAGGUGAAGGAUUUGGAGAGCUUGGAUGGGAAAUACAACACCGUGGUGUGUCUUGAUGUGUUGAUACAUCUUGAAUUGUUACUCUUGUGA